CCGCCUGCGCGUUGAAGGGCGAGCAUGGCAGACGCUACCCGUCUGAUUCCGGCGCUAAGGCACGUCGUUAAGCACAGACAUCGCAAGCUUACCACACCUAAAGGUUCACUCGGCCGCGUAGAGAAGAUAAGGGCAACGCUUACGGCCCUUUUCAAGCACGAACGGAUCGAACUCAAUCACCCACGGGCAGACGAAGUGCGGGGAUAUGCCGAGCGGCUGAUUUCAGAAGCGAUUCGAUAUGGCGACUGCCACACCCGGACCAUGGAGCUCGCGGACUACUGGAUAAACGAGAAGCAGUUGGUGCACAAGCUGUUCAAGGUGUUGGCACCACGCUUUGCUACCUACGAGGGCUCGUACACGCGCGUCCACAUACUGCCCACGCCUUUCAACUACAACUUCAACUGCCCUGGGCCAGGACCCCACUAUAAAUACAACUGGGUUGCCCUGGAGCUCAAAGGCAACCCGUAUCCUCCAAUGCCUGGAGCAGUGCCUCGCAACCCUAACUUCCUCCCAAACGUGUUGUUGUCCGAAGCACGCAAGGACAUACACCGGAUGCAGUUCCCAGAGAAAGUUGCUCCCGCUCCACCACCUGAACCGGGGACUUCUCUCGUGACCAAAAGGUCGUCUGUUAGAGCGGUGAUUCCACCUGGAGGCACUCCUCCGGCCAAUUAGAUGGUGUAAUGAUGUAAAUAAACUAUGAUAGUGCUUAUUACGAUA